UCUUUCAGUUUUUCCGAAAGCCCUUGACAAGGCUUUUCCACUAUUUUCUGCCUUAUCUCUUUUUUUUCAUAGGAAGUUGUCUAAACCUCCUGAGGUUCAAACAUUUGUUCAGGCGUUAGUUAGAAUUAGGCCACUGAUAGAACCUAUCUCUCACCUAUAGUCCUAAAUAAAUCCCCUAUUUGGAUGUAGUAUUGAGGGGUAAUUAUUAUUAUUAUUAUUAGCAGGUAUUUGUAGAGCGCUAACAGGUUCGGCAGCGAUAUGGACAUAGGUGGUAUAUAAAAACAAUUACAGGGAUCUAAUGGGUAGAGGGUCCUGCCGAGAGUUGCACUGUUGUAGUCGGCUCUUAUGAAGGUGGACUACAAACAGCUGGGCUCAUAGGCUUACAUGCUAUGGGGUUUAAGGGGAUAGCAGUGGAGAUAGGAGAGUUAGUGUAGGUUGUAUGCGUCCCUGAAUAGUAGAGUCUUCAGGGAGCACUUGAAGCUUUUAAAACUAGGGGAGAGUCUUGUGGAGUGAGGCAGAGAGUUUCAUAAGAUGGGAGCCAGUCUGGAGAAAUCUUUUAAACGGGAAUGUGAGGAGGAGAGUAGGAGAUCAUGAGCGGAGCAAAAGGAGUCGGGAGGGAGAGUAUCUGGAGACAAGGUCGAGAUAUAGGGGGGAGCAAUGCAAUUGAAGGCUUUAUAAGUCAGAGUGAGAAUUUUGUGUUUAAUCCUGGAGGCAAGAGGAAGCCAGUGAGGGUAUUGGCAGAGAGGUGCGGCAGAUGAAGAGUGACGUGUAAGGAAGAUGAGCCUGGCAGAGGCAUUCAUUAUGGAUUGUAAAGGAGCUAUACGGCAGCUAGGGAGACCAGAGAGGAUGGAGUCACAUUAGUCGAGGCGGGAAAGGAUGAGAGAGUGGAUUAAAACCUUAGUUGUGUCUUGUGUAAGAAAUGUCUGAUUUUAGCAAUGCUUUUAAGGUGGAAGAGGCAGGCUUUGGCCAAGGACUGAAUGUGAGGAGUGAAAGAAAGUUCUGAGUCAAAUGUGACCCCAAGACAUCGGGCAUGUGAGGUUGGGUUAAUGAUGGAGUUAUCAACAGUUAUAGUGUCAUGUCUGAUGCUGUUUCUCCUUUAAUACACUAACUGCUGCCUUACUAUUUACAUAUAACUUGCUGACACGCCCCUAACUUCUUUCAUAAAGGCUGCACAACACCUCAUAUCUUUGCUUGGUAAUUCUUAUCCACAGGAAGUAGCCAGCCUAUUCUCCUUGCACUCUGCACGCUUCUGAUUCAACUCACACUGUUCAGCUAAUUUCAGUGUUUCAGUGAUCACAGCCGUUAGCGGUGACGUCACACGCCAUUCUGGAAUCCUUCUCAGCUUGCUACAGCAGCCGGAGCUGCAUCGUGUCCCUGGCAUAUCAGACUUUCUCCUCACUCAACCUAACCUGUCUGAAGUUGAAAGUAUGAAGAAGAAAAACACAAACAAGCAGGAGAUGGGUAAAUACCUGCGAUUCAUAGUUUCCCGUAUGAAGGAGAGGGCAAUUGAACUGAACAAAAAAGGGAAAGACUGCAAACACCCAAUGUAUAGACGACUGGUUCAUACAGCUGUUGAUGUUUCCACUAUUAAUGAGAAAGUAAGUGAAGGAAAGUACAAGAGUUAUGAUGAGUUCAAGGCAGAUGCCCAGCUGCUUCUACACAACACAAUCCUUUUUUAUGGAGAUGAUAGCGAGCAAGCUGAUGUAGCGAAGGUGCUGUACAAGGACACUUGUCAUGAGUUGGACGAGCUGCAGCUUUGCAAAAAUUGUUUCUAUUUGUCAAAUGCACGGCCUGACAAUUGGUUCUGCUAUCCAUGUAUACCUAAUCAUGAAUUAGUUUGGGCCAAGAUGAAAGGUUUUGGGUUUUGGCCAGCAAAAGUUAUGCAAAAGGAAGACAAUCAAGUUGAUGUUCGUUUCUUUGGUCAUCAUCAUCAGAGAGCCUGGAUUCCAGCAGAAAAUAUUCAGGAAAUCACUGUUAAUGUGCACCAGCUUCAUGUUAAACGUAGCAUGGGUUGGAAAAAAGCCUGUGAUGAGCUAGAAUUGCAUCAGCGCUUUCUACGUGAAGGGCGAUUCUGGAAAUCUAAAGGAGAAGACAAAGGUGAAGAAGAAGCAGAAUCCAGUAUCUCUUCAACCAGCAAUGAACAGCUUAAGGCAACUCAGGAAACAAGAGCUAAGAAAAGUCGACGCAAUCAAAAUGUAGAACCCAAAAAGGAAGAACCAGAACCUGAAACUGAAGCAGUCAGCUCAAGUCAAGAAAUCCCUUCUCUUCCACCUCCAGUAGAGAAGGUGUCAGUCAGCACACAAACCAAGAAGAUAAGUGCCUCCUCACCGCGAAUGCUGCACCGCAGUACACAAACCAGUAACGAUGGGUCAUGCCAGAACAUGUGCCAUGACAAGUAUAGCAAGAUCUUCAAUGAGUUCAAGGAAAGAAUGAGUACUGACAAUAAGAGGGAGACGGAAAGAGUAGUACGAGAGGCACUUGAGAAGCUGCGAACAGAAAUGGAAGAGGAAAAAAAACAAGCGGUUAACAAAGCUGUAGCAAAUGCGCAGGGGGAGAUGGACAAAAAGUGUAAGCAGGUGAAAGAAAAGUGUAAAGAAGAAUUUGUAGAAGAAAUUAAAAAACUAGCAGCUCAGCACAAGCAACUAAUCUCUCAGACCAAGAAAAAGCAGUGGUGCUAUAACUGUGAAGAGGAAGCCAUGUACCACUGCUGCUGGAACACGUCAUACUGCUCCAUCAAAUGUCAACAGGAACACUGGCAUGCUGAACACAAGAGAACCUGCCGCAGGAAAAGAUGAACUGACCAUGUUCUUCUGUUGAAAGACCAUCGUCUGUCCACAAAUUCAGCGUUUAAUUUGACGUUUGACGUUUAUUUCCAAGAUGCCACAAUGGCUUACUACUUGCAUACCAUUUUUGCACCAUCUUGUAAAACAGCUGUUCAUUGGGGACUGCUCCAGCAUUUAAGGAAUUACAUACCUAUAAACAUUUAAAAAUGCACAGUCCAUUGUGCUUCACAGAUCUUUCAACACAUUGGCUGUCAUCAAAUAGGUUUGCAACACGGUGCUGCAAUCUAUUGCAGUAGCUCUUACAGUAACCUCUACACACUUUUUUCGUUUAGUAACAGCUUAAUAUUAGAGAAACAUAAAACCUCUUUUUCUGAAUUACGCUAGUUUUUUAGAAAAUGUUGCAUUUCCACGUUAAAAAAAAACAUAUUGUAUAUUAUGUUCUAAACUGUUAAAAUUAGAUCUUAACAAAAAAUCUCAGCAAUUAGAAAAAGAUUUAUUUGAUUAUCUUUAGAAUCUGAGCAGGCAAAAUUUUUCUCUGGCACUAAAAUCAUUUAUUAGGGCCUACUGGUCAACUUUUGAAGAAGCCGGGUAAAAAAGGGAUGGAGGUAAGGUGACCCUAACUCUUCUGCCAUCUGUGACUGAAGAGUAUAUAUCUUUAGUCUUAUCCCCGGCAGAGAUUGUAAGGUAAAGAAGCAGUUUUCAGUUGGAUAUGUGAAUGUAAAGUGACUGUUAAAUUGCCUGGGAAACAUGCUACCUUAAUCUAAGCAUCACUUUAAAAAAACUCAUUUUAUUAUACUUUCAUUUUUGUUUUGUCAUAGUUUAGUAAUAUUAAGGAUUUAUAAGGUAAACAUUUUAGGGAACAGGGUUCUCAAAGUGAGAUUUGUUUUUUUGUAAAAUAUAUCCCAUGUUUGUUCAUGACUUAUUUUAAAUAUAUACCUUUUUAUAAAAAAAAAAUCAAAACAAAAUAUAAUAGCUUUGGUCUCAUAUUUUAAAAUUACAGGUAACAUAUCUUAGAGGGGGAAAAUAUUUUAAUUUAUCAUUUGCACAUUUCAUUUUUCUAGCCUGGUGCACUAAUUACAAAAAAAACAAGCCAAAAACUACCUUCUAUCUCAAAUCUUGUUUUUUUUAUGCAAGGUCUAAUGGGCUAUAAACAGUGUCGCUCCCUUUCCUCAUUUUUAAUGACUUACCUUGUAAUCACUGCUUUGAGGCAUCUGUACUGAGUCUGUCGUUAUUACUUAUCAGGGUACCCUUGCCAUAAACUAAGCAGCUCAGACUGAUGUCUAUCAGGAUGCUGUGGCUUUUUUUAUGAAAAACUAAAGCCAUGCUGAUAUUUUCCACUUUAUUUCUAAUAAAUCUUCCUAAAGUGAACCAGCAUUUUUUUUUAAAACUUUUUGCAUAAAGCAGGCUCAGUUUUGCUGCUAGUGGCCAGUUACUUAUUACGAACGUUGGUAGAGUCAACAUUUAUAAAGUUUUUGAAUAAUUGAUUUGAUAACCAAGCAGCAACCACAUCACUUCAAACAUACUAUCAAAAUGUUAAGAUCCCGCUUCCAUAUUUAAUCCCUGUCAUAAUGUUUUGUUUUGUUUGUUUUAUGUUUUGGUUUUGUUUAUUUUGCAUUUCCUGUACAUUGAGGUUGCCCAUCUUGUUUUAAAUCAAACAAGCUUGUAAGCACUUAAACUUUUCAUUGAUCAUCACUUCUUUGGUAGUAACAUCAUUGUUUCAUUAGGUCCUUCAUCAGAAAAUACACAAAAUUAAAAAACUGCAUGUCAAUUAACUUUUAAAGACGCUGUUGUUUGUUUGAGAGAAAUAAAAACACAUCGGAAGAAUCUUAAAGAAUAGGAAUGGAUCGAUAGCUGAAUAACCUUGUUUCCAAAUUGAAUCUGGGUUUGGGUUUUUACUUUGUAUCUUUUUUAUUAUAUUUUAUUCUGUAGUGGAUUUUAUCCUUACUUGACUGGGAUCUCUUUUUAUUUGCAAAAGGGGCACUGUUUAUGUACUUUUAUUUUACGGAGUGGGAAGGUAGAAAAUAUUAACAGACUAGUUAUUUUUAGGGGGGAGCAUUUUGAUGACAAAUUUGUAAAUAUUUAUUUAGAUCUUUGAUAUUUAUUGCAAGCGAAUAGACAAUGGCAGUGGAGCAUUUGCAAGAGAGGCAUUAAGGAAUUUUUUUUUAUUCUGCAUUACACAUUAAAGCCAGCAUAAUAGCAGGCUUGUAAUAUUUUUGUUAAAAUCUCACUCAUUCCACAUUAUAGUAGUGGAGAAUAACCAUUUUACUGCCAGGGCAUUGCAGCUACAAAUAGGUUUUAAAAUGAUAACAAAAUAAUAACAAAUGAUACAAAUGAGCAAUAUCGAUCCAGCCCUAUGAAAGAAAGUUAUUGUUAAAGUUGAUGUAAAAUCAUUCCAGGAAAUGUACUAUAUUACUGGUUAAUGCAUGAGAAUAAGACUUGUGUUAUUUUGGCUUAUUUUCCUGUGUCUUUUGACAUGAUUGCACAUUGCCGAGUUAAAACAGUGUGACAAAAAUAAAAAGUAAACAAAGAUUGUGGCCUGGUUUUGUAUACGUUGUAGUUUAAAAACUUAAAAACAGUUUUGGAACUGUUAUUACAAAAUUCAAAUUCACUUCUAUUUCUAAAGCUGUAUUAAGAUGUUGCGCUUGGCCACUUUGCACAUUGUAAUUAUCCAUUGUGGCAGUGUAGUUCAAUGAUGCAGUCUGGAAUUUUGUAAGUUGCUCUUACUAGCGAUAUGUGUUAACAUUUGUUAAUAAAUGUAUUUAAAAUUUUGAAAA